AUGUCAGCCCACGCAGCACAUACUGACGACGACGAUCCGGUUGUUCAAGAGUACGAUGUAUUCAUCACUCCCGAGCAGGCACAGCCGAUCCACCUCCUGCAAUACAUGAACCGUCCGCCUGAUCUCCCCUUCACAGGCUCAAGUCGUCCGUCUCAGCUGCGCGCCAAGCUGCAGUCAGGCUUCGUCGAAGUGGACGUGCCCAUCGAUAUUGGCCACAACUACAAUAGGCUUCAGGGUGUGAAGUGGGGAGAGUCGAUGCGAAAGACGAAAGGAUAUGGCCAGAAGGCGUGGGGCAUUGCCUCCGGCUUCGAGAGAGUCAACGUUCCUCGACUUCCUAACCAGGCAGCCUCUACAGCGACCGGUGCACAAUCAACUCCGAUUAUGGACGAGGACGAAAUCGAGGAGUAUGUGAAUAACUUCCAGGUUGCAAACGAAAAGGGUCACGUCUUGAACACUCAGACCUUUGGUGGAAAGCUCAUCAACGCCGAAGAGGGGGAAGCAAAUUACAUGGUUGGCGCUUUUAAAGGCAAAAACCUAUAUCUUACUACCCUCAGCGGAAUGGUGCAAUUGCGUACCCAGUUCAAUCACCUUGAUGCUACUGCUCAACUAGAUGCACUAGCUCGUCGCCGUGAAAAGGAAGCCCAAGAUGGCACAAAACCCGCAGAGCCACGAGCCGUCCUCCCCACGGUCAAGAAAACAGUAGACACUACUCCAGCAGCGAAGACUAAGGCAUUUCUGCACAGUGCGCACGAGGAGAAGUGGACCAAGGUGCAAUUUUUCGAUGAAACUAUGGAUGAAUCGUAUGCUGCCUACGACGACCGACUGGUCGUCGACAUGUCAGAAGCUCCUUCAAAGCUACAUGCCGCAACCAAGCACGCCCACUUCCUCGACUCUGGUUCUUCACACGGUGGGAAGAGGAGGCCGCUUUCUAAACAUCAACAUCAACACCAACAAGUAGAUAUCUCUGACGUGUCUGAUGAUGACGCUGAUGAGGUGCAAUCCCCAAAGAAGCAACGGGAUGGAGAUGGCGACAGAAGGAUGGAAGGAUGA